CCGAAGUUGGCUCCAGCUCUAGCAGCCGCAUUGGAUCCCACAGCUUACUGCGAGACUCCGGUGUACAAUCCGGAUCUCUGCCCCAACAUGAUCGCGGCCCAGGCCAAGCUGGUGUACCAUCUGAAUAAAUACUACAACGAGAAGUGCCAGGCCAGGAAAGCUGCCAUCGCGAAGACUAUCCGGGAAGUCUGCAAAGUCGUUUCCGACGUCCUGAAAGAAGUGGAGGUCCAGGAGCCCCGCUUCAUCAGCUCUCUCAACGAGAUGGACAAUCGCUACGAGGGCCUCGAGGUCAUCUCCCCCACCGAGUUUGAAGUGGUGCUUUACCUGAACCAGAUGGGGGUGUUCAACUUUGUGGACGACGGCUCGCUGCCCGGCUGCGCGGUGCUGAAGUUGAGCGACGGGCGCAAGAGGAGCAUGUCCCUCUGGGUGGAAUUCAUCACCGCCUCCGGCUACCUCUCGGCGCGCAAGAUCCGGUCCAGGUUCCAGACGCUGGUGGCCCAGGCGGUGGACAAAUGCAGCUACCGGGACGUGGUAAAAAUGGUGGCGGACACCAGCGAAGUGAAACUGCGAAUCCGAGAUAGGUACGUGGUGCAGAUCACCCCGGCCUUUAAGUGCACCGGCAUCUGGCCCAGGAGCGCUGCCCACUGGCCGCUUCCCCACAUCCCCUGGCCGGGACCCAACCGGGUGGCGGAGGUCAAAGCGGAAGGGUUCAAUCUCCUGUCCAAGGAGUGCCACUCCCUGGCCGGCAAACAGAGCUCGGCCGAGAGCGACGCCUGGGUGCUGCAGUUCGCGGAAGCGGAGAACAGACUGCAGAUGGGGGGCUGCAGGAAGAAAUGCCUCUCCAUCCUCAAAACCUUGCGGGAUCGGCACCUCGAACUGCCGGGCCAGCCCCUCAACAAUUACCACAUGAAGACUCUGGUUUCCUACGAGUGUGAAAAGCAUCCCCGGGAGUCGGACUGGGACGAGUCCUGCCUGGGUGACCGGCUUAACGGGAUUUUGCUGCAACUUAUCUCCUGCCUGCAGUGCCGGCGGUGUCCUCACUACUUCCUACCGAACUUAGAUCUGUUCCAAGGCAAACCUCAUUCGGCUCUGGAGAACGCUGCCAAACAAACGUGGCGACUGGCGAGAGAGAUCCUGACCAACCCGAAAAGUUUGGAGAAACUUUAG